GGUUGUUAGAGGGAAUUUAGGGGAGUUUGUUACUUGCUUAGUGGAAAAGUAAUUAAUUUGAAUAAAAAUUAAUUAAAAUUAUAUUUUUGCCCUUGGGCUUGGGCUAAAAUUAAGGGUUUUAUCGUAUUUUUACCUCCACAUCCUCCACUAUAAAUAGGAGUCUCUAGUGAAGGGAAAAUCACAACUCAGAGCUCUCCAAAUUUUUGUGAGUCUCUAUCUCUCCCUCUCCAGAGUUCUUCUUGACCUCUAUAGGAAAUAAUUCCUAUAGUAACUAAGCUCUGCUUCCUUCGGGAAGUAGUGAACUCAAGUAUUUUUUCUUCUUGUUUACAAGAAGAAGAUGAAAUAUUGUUUGGUUUUAGGGGAUGGGGUUCGAAUAUUUGAAGGGGGGAAAUGAUGCUCCUUUUUCCUUCAAAUUCUAACCCUAGUUUGUUGGUCCGUGCAGGUUCGCGCACGGAAAGGUUAGAUCGAACGUACUCGAUCUCGCGUGGAAAGCGUAGCCAAGAUGGUGAUCCGGAAGGAGCUAGUGGAUCAGGACUGGGAGAUUUAUCUCCAUAGUUUUGAUGAGGACACGGCCUGGGGUGUCGACUACCGCCAGGAGAAGAACGUGUACGUCGGCGGCGCGACCAUCUUCAAAAGAGACCAAGCUGGGCAGAUUGUUGAGACUCAGCCUAUCAGAGGGAAGAUUCGGUUUCCUCACGCACCCUUCCGUUUUGGACUCCCCUUAGGGAUGGAUUUUCUCAGCGGUUCGGAGUCGGACCCUAGUGAGGGGCCAGGCUACGAGUCAGGCGAGGGGAGCGAGCCUUCAGUGACUUCCGAGUACCGGAAUCCGACAGAGGGACUUUUGGUGCCGAAGGAGGAGCCGGUGAGCCCCAUUGCACCACCCGAGCAAGAGCUGAAUCAGGGACUCAUGGAUCCCGUACCAUUAGGGUUUGGGUGGAGCUUGGAGGCAUUGAGGCAGUGGAACCUGGACAUGAAAGUUGAGCUUCCGAAGCCAGGAGAGGAGACGCCGGAGCCUUCCAACAUGUGGGCCAGAGAAGAUGCAGACUGCAACGAGUGGCCUUGAUUGGGUUGAGAGCGCUGUUUUAUUUUUGGAGCUUUUAUUUUACUUUGAAGUACUUGUA